AUGUCAUUAACUAAAAGAAAACGUUCAGUUGAAGAUGAAGAAGAAUUGUUAGAAAAUGGCGAAGCGGCUACAUAUACCAGCCGAAGUAACAUAAAAGGAGACGAAUUUAAUAUUGCAGUUUUGUUGUUUUUAUACACCCUUCAAGGUAUUCCCUUAGGCCUUGCUGGAGCAAUUCCUAUGCUCUUACAAAAUCGUGGUAUUACAUACACACAACAGGCUGAGUUCAGUUUUGUUAAUUGGCCUUUCAGUGUAAAACUGUUAUGGGCACCAAUUGUUGAUGCACUGUUUUGGCCUGAAUUUGGUAGAAGAAAAACAUGGCUUGUACCAGUGCAAUAUUUAAUUGGAAUUGUAAUGAUAAUAAUGUCAACCAGUGUGAUGGGUUGGUUAGGGUCAGAGGAAGAAGCUCCAUCCAUGUCAAUUCUUACAAUAUCAUUCUUAUUGCUUAAUUUUUUGGCAGCUACACAAGACAUAGCAGUAGAUGGAUGGGCUUUAACCAUGUUAAAGAGGUGUAAUGUAGGGCAUGCCUCAACAUGCAAUACAGUUGGACAAACAGCAGGUUUUUUCUUAGGCUAUGUCCUAUUUUUGGCACUUGAAUCUCCCUACUUUUGUAAUAAAUACUUAAGGACAGUACCAGAAGAUACAGGCUUAGUAACAUUAUCAAGCUUUCUUCUAUUUUGGGGUUGGGUAUUUAUUGUCACAACAACUUUCAUAGCCAUUUUUAAACAUGAAGCAAAUGAUACUGCAAAUACUAAUGAAAAUCAAGUUAAGGGAAUGAGUGAUAUUGUCAAUGCAUAUAAACAGUUAUACACUAUUGUGAAAUUACCUGCAGUAAGGACACUGGCUUUGGUACUAUUUACUGCUAAGCUUGGUUUCUGUGCUAGUGAUGCCGUAUCUGGACUAAAGCUGGUAGAAGCUGGGGUCCCACGUGAGGACUUGGCUCUUUUAGCUAUUCCUUUGGUACCAGUUCAAAUCAUCAUGCCUGUGAUCCUCGCUAAGCACACAACAGGACCAGCCCCUCUAUCGCUAUGGCUGAAAGCAUUCCCUCUUCGACUCUUAGUGGGUCCAUUAGCUGCUGCUCUAGUGGCUCUUACGCCAAGCUUACUUGGGAACUCUGGCCCAUCUUACUCAUAUCUCUUUGUGCUGAUGACACUGUAUGUCUUUCAUCAGACCUGCCUAUACUGUAUGUUCGUAGCAGUAAUGGCAUUCUUCGCCAAAGUAUCGGAUCCAGCAGUGGGAGGAACAUACAUGACGUUGUUGAACACAGUGUCUAACCUUGGGACCAACUGGCCUAAUACUUUGGCUCUAUGGGCGAUUGACCAUCUAACCUUCAAGACCUGCAAUGCUAAGGAAUUGAAUGAUAACACGUGUUCCACGCAGUUAGAAACUGAGAUGUGCAAAAACAGUGGAGGCGCAUGCGAAACUCGUAUCGACGGUUUCUACAUAGAAGUGGUCAUCUGCCUCAUUGCCGGCUUCCUCUGGCUGCAGUGGGGCAAGAGAACUAUCAGCCGACUGCAACGCCUCCCCGCCACCGCCUGGCAGAUCGGACGUAACAGA